GCUAAGAAAAAUUUGGCCCAAAAAUAGAAAAAUCUGUUCAGUUCAUCUGACUCAUGUUUAAAACCCGACUAUAAAUUCUAUUUCGAAACGAGUUAACUUGGAAAAAUCGAUUCAAAAUAUUCUACAACACAUUUUUUAUUGGACUUUCUUUGACUUCUUUUUCGGUAAAAAGGAAUUAAUUUUAUAGCACUGUAUCUGUAUGACAGUAAACCCAACGGUUUGCAUUAUGGUUUCUUUUUACUUAUAAAACGUGCCAACUCAAAGUUCACUACUCCUAUCUUAUUAUUAUCAGUGCAACCGGGGCGUUUGUUUUUCUGUUCCCUGCGCAAAAGCUGUUUGAGGGAAUGCUUCAGCGAGAUGCAGAACACAAAUGGAUUAGUACGCUUAAUGACUACACCAAAUAUGGUAGCCAUUCUGAAGCCUUAUCCCUUUUCAUUCAGAAGCUCAGCUGUUCAUCCAGUUUUGGACUUCAUCACCAAGUUUUUGCGGCCGUUCUUAAAUCUUGCGCUGCCCUUCGGACCACCGGUUUGGGAAGGGCUUUCCACAGUUGUAUACUGAAACUGGGGCAUAUCUAUUGCCACUCCGUCUCCAAAUCACUGCUUAACAUGUAUGCUAAGUCUGGAGCUCUCCCUGAUUGUCAGAAAUUAUUCAGACAAAUGCCAACGUCCGAUCCUGUGGUUUGGAACAUUGUCUUAUCCGGGUUGUCAGGUUAUCGGGAAUAUGAUGAUCAAGUGCUCCAUUUGUUUAAUUCAAUGCGCGUUUCCAAUGAAGUAAAGCCAAAUCCUGUUACAUUUGCCAUUGCUUUUCCUGUGUAUGCUCGGUUAGGAGAUAUAAAUAGUGGGAAGAUUCUGCAUUCGCACGCGAUAAAGUCUGGAUUGGUGGCCCAUACACUUGUUGGGAAUGCAUUAAUAACGAUGUACGCAAAAUGUGGACUAGUAAAACAAGAUGCUUUUGCCGCUUUCUGUGGCAUUUAUGACAAAGAUGUUGUCUCGUGGAAUGCAAUCAUUGCAGGUUUUUCUGAGAAUAAUUUCUUCGAUGACGCGUUUAGAUUGUUCAGGGAGAUGCUGAAAGGGCCCAUAGCACCUAAUGAUUCAACAAUUGUGAAUAUUCUACCUGUUUGCUCUUCUUUCACUAAGAAUGUUGCCUGCUAUUUGGGGAAGGAAAUUCAUUGUUUUUUACUGAGAAGGACCGAGAUUGGAGGAGAUGUUUCUGUCUGCAAUGCCUUGGCGAGCUUCUAUUUGAGAGUUGGGCACGUAGAUAAAGCUGAAUCCGUGUUCCAAAAGAUGGAAUCAAGAGAUUUGGUUUCCUGGAAUGCUAUUAUUGCCGGUUAUGUGGCAAAUGGUUAUUGGUUGAGAGCUUUGGAUUUGUUUCAAGAAUUACUCUCUGCAAGGAUGUUUGAGCCAAAUUCUGCUACCCUUGUCAGUGUUCUUUCUGCCUGUGCACACUUAAAGAAUCUCCAGGUUGGAAAAGUGAUCCACGGGUAUAUUCUUCGGCAUUCUAGCUUAUAUGCAAAUACACCAGUGUCAAAUGCCCUUGUUAGUUUCUAUGCAAAAUGUAAUGACAUAGGAGCUGCAUAUCAGACAUUUUUGAUGAUUCCUUGGAGAGACUUGGUUUCAUGGAAUUCUAUUCUUGAUGCCUUUGCAGAGUGUGCAUCUGAUGCUCAGUUUCAAGGGCAUUUAAACUGCAUGCUGGGAGAAGGAUUUAGGCCAGACUUCAUCACUAUCUUAGCCAUAAUACGGUUUUGCAUCCAUGUUUCAAGUCUAGUAAAAGUUAAAGAAAUUCAUAGCUAUUGCCUCAAGGCUGGUAUGUUACUAGGUGAUAAUGAACCUACUGUUGUAAAUGCCAUAAUUGACGCAUAUGCCAAAUGUGGUAAAAUUGGAUAUGCUUCCAGGAUUUUUCAGAAUUUAUCAAGAAAAAAUUUGGUUACAUUCAAUUCGAUGAUCUCAGGUUACGUGAUUUCUGGAUCAUAUGAUGAUGCAUUUAUGAUAUUCAAUGAGAUGACUAUAAGGGAUCUCACCUCAUGGAAUUUGAUGGUACAAGCAUUUGCUGAAAAUGAUUGUCACAGUCAAGCUCUCAGCCUUUUCCAUGAGUUACAAGCUCAGAGAAUGAGGCCUAAUGCAAUGACUGUUAUGAGUAUCCUUCCAGUAUGUGCUGAAAUGGCCUCUGUUUACUUGUUGAGGCAGUGUCAUGGUUAUGCUAUAAGAGCUUGUUAUCAAGAUGCUCGAUUAACUGGAGCUCUUAUAGAUGUAUAUGCAAAAUGUGGUAGCAUAAGGAGUGCUCAUAAGCUUUUCCAUUUAGCUCCUGUUAAGGAUCUGGUUAUGUUCACUUCAAUGAUUGGUGGGUAUGCAAUGCAUGGUAUGGGAAGAGAAGCACUUUGCCUUUUCUCUUGUAUGCCUGAGUUGGGGUUGAAGCCUGAUCAUGUUAUCAUUACUGCAAUUCUGUCAUCUUGCAGUCAUGCUGGCCUGGUAAAUGAAGGGUUGAUAAUAUUUGAUUCACUAGAGACUGCUUAUGGGAUGAAACCAAGCAUUGAACAAUAUUCUUGCAUUGUUGAUCUUCUAGCUCGAGGAGGACGUAUCAAUGAUGCAUAUUCUUUGGUUGCUGGAAUGUCUGUUGAAGCUAAUGCUAAUGUGUGGGGUGCAUUGUUGGGUGCCUGUAGGACUCAUCACGAGGUGGGAUUAGGUUGUGUCGUUGCCGACCAUCUCUUUCAAGUUGAAGCUCGUAAUGUUGGGAACUAUGUGGUAAUUUCAAACCUAUAUGCAGCAGAUGCUAGAUGGGAUAGUGUCAUGGAGGUGAGAAAAUUGAUGAGAACAAGAGAUUUGAAAAAAUCUGCAGGAUGCAGCUGGAUUGAGGUGGAGAAGAGAAAUAGCGUCUUCAUAGCUGGAGACUGUUUUCAUCCUAAGAGAGAAAUAAUCUAUAGUACUAUAAGUACCUUGGAUCAACAAAUGAAGGAGACAUUUCUGUUUGAUGAGAUUAAUAUGUUCAUGUAUAGCAUUUAGAGUCUCAUAACUGAAGGAUAAUGUCACUAAAAUGUCAAUAACCUUCAAUGUUAUUGGUCAAGAUCUUGACCGACUGAGCGCUUUUGUUGUUUUUGUGGUAAGGGCAUUCUACUUCAGUGGAUGAGAUCCAUUGGAGCCUCAACUGAAUCUUGUCUUAGUGGUUCAAAUUGUUAUUCCUCCUUCAACAAAUGAAUUGGACAGAAGCAGCCCAGGGCUGAAGAUUUCAGUUGACUAUUGGAAUUGAUAUUUUUGCAUCUACUGUGAUUUAGAUAACUUGUAAUGAAUUAGUUGACUUUCUAUAUACAGUUGUUGACUUAUUGUAUUUUUCUUUUUUGAAGGUGAUUUUCCAAUGAGAAGGACCAAGACAGUUUGGACUACUUAUUCAUUUUUGUUUCUGAAGUUGAAUGAGUCCAUAAGCUACUAACAUGCUAUGCCUUCUUAAGGAGAAGGGAUCUUCUUUGUUCAAUGUGUGAAAUAGCAGAAGAGAAACAUGGUGUGAAUGAAAACAAAUUACAACUUGCUUUGUUGAAGGGAGUAUAGCUUUCUUGACCCUUCCAUGACUCAGUUUCAUUGGUACCAACAGAGAAGGAUAAUUAGUUAUUGAAAAACAAAAUGUCGAAUCAUGCAUUAUCGUUUGUUCUCGGAGAUGUUAGAGGAAACAAAACAAGUAAUUCUGGAUCUGUUUUCCCUGCUCUUGACCGCGGUGAUGGAUGCAGAUAGAAGCGUCUCUCUUUGAUAGCUUUUUCUUCUUCUACUGUGUUCAGUUCGGUUUUUGUUAAUUCUUCUAUGUAUUCGUCUUCUAGAAAGGUUAGCUUGGAGAAAAUUGUUGAUGGAGUGCC